AUGGCUUCUUUACAUAUCACUUUUAUUGGCACUGCUACUGCCAUUCUGGAUAUUGAUGGCAUCAAUUUCAUCACUGAUCCCUUCUUUUCUCCAGCCGGGACAGAGUGGGAUCGUGGCGUCGUCAUACUCAAAAACACAUCCGUUCCUGCUUUGACCUUGGCAGAUCUCCCCGUCAUAGACGCCGUGAUGCUCUCUCACGAAGAUCACCCGGACAAUUUGGAUGAAAUCGGCCGUCAAUUGUUGGAUGGACGUCGAGUAUUCACCACUCGUGACGGUUCUGACAAACUCGCACCUCGUCCUGGUGUUCGUGGAAUGUCUCCCUGGGAGACUUCUACAUUCAGCAUAGGUGGCGUACAGUUUGAAGUUACAGCUACUCCAUGCCAGCAUUUACCCGGAGGGGAAUGCAUCGGAUUUGUUCUUUCCGGUCCAAAUUUUGGGCAGACUGAUGGAAAGCCAAAUGGCAUAUACUUCUCUGGAGAUACGGUGUACAUUGAGGAUCUUGCGGCUAUCAAAACGAAGUACAACAUCCGGGCUGCGUUGCUCAACCUUGGCGCGGCAUCCGUCGCAGUGACUGACCCUCCACUGCAGAUCACCAUGGACGGCGCGCAAGCCGUUCACUUGAUCAGAGAUAUAGACCCCGAUGUGGUCAUCCCAAUGCAUUGCGAUGGCUGGGGCCAUUUCUCGGAAGAUAGCUCCAAGGCCGCCAAAGUUUUUGAAGCAGAGAAUAUCAAGGACAAGAUUACCUGGCUAGAGCCCGGCAAAAGAACCAAGAUUUUCUGA